GAGAGGCAGGUGCGUGGUGUGACAGGAGGCCGGUGCCGGGUGGUUGACGGUAGCUACCGCUCUCGGGUGACGGCUGAGGGCAGCAGGAUGUGGAUGGUGACUUGCACGGCCCCUGUCAACAUCGCUGUCAUCAAAUACUGGGGAAAACGAGAUGAAGAACUGAUUUUGCCAAUUAAUUCCUCACUGAGUGUAACACUACAUCAAGAUCAGUUAAAGAGUACAACGACAGUUGCUGCGAGUCAGGAUUUUAAGGACGACAGAAUAUGGCUAAAUGGAAAAGAAGAAAACAUCAACCACCCAAGACUGCAGACUUGCUUACGAGAAAUCCGUCGUCUAGCAAGAAAAAGAAGAACCAGUGGUGAUGGAAAUUCUAACACAUUAUCACUCCACCAUAAAGUUCACAUCUGCUCUGUAAAUAACUUCCCUACAGCAGCAGGCCUGGCAUCCUCUGCAGCUGGUUAUGCUUGUCUGGUGUAUGCACUUGCCAAGCUGCAUGGUUUGGAAGGAGAGCUGUCUGAGAUUGCUCGCCAAGGGUCAGGAAGUGCCUGCAGAAGCAUGUAUGGAGGCUUUGUGCAGUGGAUGAUGGGAACGAAAGAAGAUGGAAGCGAUAGUAUAGCGCAGCAAAUUGAGCCGGAAACUCACUGGCCAGAGCUUCGGGUCCUUAUAUUAGUGGUCAGUGCAGAACAGAAGCCAAUUGGUAGUACUGCUGGGAUGCAAACCAGUGUCAAGACCAGUCCAUUGCUGAAGUAUCGUACGGAAAUCGUUCCAAAACGAAUGAAAGAAAUGAUUGAUGCAAUCACACGGCAAGAUUUUGAAACCUUUGGACAACUAACAAUGAAGGACAGUAAUCAGUUUCAUGCAACUUGUCUUGACACCUUCCCUCCAAUCAUCUAUCUUAAUGAUAUUUCCAAACACAUCAUUAACCUGGUACAUAGAUACAACUCCCACUUUGGAGAGACACGGGUAGUGUACACAUUUGAUGCAGGCCCAAAUGCAGUUAUUUACAUACGGGAGCAGCAUGUGGAUCAGUUUGUGGAAGUUGUGAAACAUUACUUCCCUCCUGAAGAAAAUGGUGAACAGUGAGUCCUGCAAA